UCUAGUGAAACAGCAGCAGUGGGUGGUUUAAACGAUAACAUUUCUGAUCCUUAAAGAAUGUUGGGCUUCAUAACAAGAGGAUUUCAGUAUAGGAGUAAAGGGGUCCUUCUGCAGUUGUAUAGGGCUCUGGUAAGACCACAUCUGGAGUAUUGUGUACAGUUUUGGUCUCCUAAUUUGUGGGACAUCCUUGUGAUUGAGGCACUGCAGCGUAGGUUCACGAGAUUGAUCCCUGGGAUGGUGGGACUGUCAUAUGAGGAAAGAUUUAAAAUAUUAGGCUUGUAUUCACUGGAGUUUAGAAGGUUGAGGGGGGAUCUUUUAGAAACAUAUAAAAUUAUAAAAGGACUGGACAAGCUAGAAGCAGGAAAAUGUUCCCAAUGUUGGGCGAGUUCAGAACCAGGUGCCACAGGCUUAGAAUAAAGGGGAGGCCAAUUAAGACUGAGGUGAGAAAAAAACGUUUUCACCCAGAGAGUUGUGAAUUUGUGGAAUUCCCUGCCACAGAGGGCAGUGGAGGCCAAAUCACUUGAUGGAUUUAAGAGAGUUAGAUAGAGCUCUAGGGACUAGUGGAAUCAAGGGAUAUGGGGAGAAGGCAGGCACGGGUUAUUGAUUGGGGAUGAUCAGCCAUGAUCACAAUGAACGGCGGUGCUGGCUCAAAGGGCCCAACGGCCUCCUCCUUCGCCUAUUUGCUCUGUUUCUGUUUCUAAAAGUUAAAUGUGAUAAUAACAAUGCACAUGUUUUACCUACUUUUUCUCCACAGUUCUUCAGAGUCAUGUUCAACUUUUUAUUCUGUGACAAUAGCUGUUAAUGUAUUUGAUGUUUUAAUCCAUUUCAUUGUGGAAAAUUGACACUAUACCCGAAAGACCAUGAAUGUUGGGACAACUGGAGCAUUCCAAAAUAUUUUUUAUUUGUCAGGCAAGAGUGUUACGGGUAGUUAUUUAAAGUACAGAUUGGACACGAUCUGAUAGGUUAGUUGGCGGGACUCUGAAUAUGUCUUCUCUUAUGACCCAAGUUUGCAUUGAUGUUAUUCUGAUGAAAUACUGUCCAAUGAAGUUGGUUUAAUAUCUGUAUUUUGAGCAAAGGAGUCAGUCUCUUCCCUGCCAUUCUCUCUUAAAUGUUUAUGUUAUUAUUUUCUAAAUUCUGGACUCAAAUUUACUCAUCUACAAUCAGAACUGCCCUCAUUGCAUCAGAUGGGCAUAACUCCUAUGCCAUAAUUACCUCUGGGUAUCAUCCUGGAAAAUAUAUAUAACAGCACCCUGUUCUUCUCCUAAUGGUGUCACCCAAAUUUCCCCAACAUUUAAAUAGCUCACAGACACUUUUGCUAUAAACCUUUCCCCUCUCUUUCCCUUUCCCACUGUCAAAUCUCACGUAAUCUCAACAUUGCCUUAUUUCUGAAGACUCAUUCCCUCUUGGUUUCUUUGCAUGUUCCAGACUUUCUCUGGGUUCUCAUUUGCUCCCUUGACCCCAGGUUAAAGUGCCUUUUGGGGUCUGAUUGACACUGUCGUAUCUCAAUUAGAGUAUUUAAGGAAAGGAUGCUUUUGUUUCUUUCUUUGACAACAAUAUGGUGUAUAAAUCCAGGGCCAUUUAACUGCCUCCCCAGCUGGUUUACGCUGGGGUGAAUGGUUAAAAAUCACUCUGAUUGCUCUAAAGAGUAGAUUUAUUCAAAUAUUUUUGUUAAUUAAGAAAAUCUGUUCAUUUAAAAUUGUUCUCUGGUUUCAAUGCUUCAUAUGGAUGUUUUGAUUUUUUAUUGUUUUGAAUGAAAUAGCCAGCUGAUUUUCCACUGUAUGUAAUACAUCAGGAAGAAUCUCUGCUAGAGUUUAAUUGACAUUUUAGCUGAUUAUUAUAAUAAAAUAUACAAAGGUUGUUGGAAUGUUCAGGGUAGAUUAUGAAAGUGGUUUAAAAGACAUUGUGUGUUGCGUUUUUUAAAUGGAGGCAUAGAGAGCAAGUGCAGGAAAAUAUGGACAACAAUGGAUCAGUUUUAAUUGAAGUUUGAGUGCAAUUCUGGACAGCAUCCUUUAAGAAAUAACUAAACACCUUUGCAUGGAGUGCACAAGAAGCUUAUUAAAAUAAUUCCAGCAGGAAGCACUUUAGUUGUUUGAAUAGCUGAGAGAAACUGAGGUAAUUCUCCUCGCUGCAUAGGAGGUUGUAAGAGGAAAUGGUCGAGAUGUUUAAAUCAUGAAGGUUAUUGACAAAGUUAAUUGAAAUAAACUGUUUGUGUUGCCAGAAAGGUAAAAAACUAGGGGCCAUGAAUUGAAAGUGAUUGGCAAAAGAACCAAAGCCAACAUACAGAAAAAUGUUUUUACACAGCAAGUGGUUAGGGUCUGGAAUGCACUGCCUGGGGUAGUAGUGAUGGCAGUCACAAUUGUGUUUGAGAGAAAACUGGGUAUGUAUCUGAACAGAUUUUGCAGAGUCAUGGAGAAAGUGGAGGAGUGGGAUUAGCUAGAUUGCUUUAACAUAGAUUCAGUGCAGCCUUGAUGAGCUGAAUGGUUUCAUUCUGUGCUGCAAUCCUUUGCCAUUCUGUAAUUUAAAAUUCCACUUUCUACGUGUACUGUAGAUAAUUCUCUAUUAUUAGAAUGCAAACAGAUUAAUCAAGAGAUUUUUUACCAUGGGAGUAGACUGUAAGGAAUGAAAAUUGUGUUUCUAUUAAGAUGUAUAUACAAAUUUAAGAUGUUUUGCAUCUGAAUAUACCAUUUUUGUUUAGGAUUUUGCACAUUGUAGUGCUUUACUUCAUUCGAUGUGUGCUUAUAGAGUUGACCUUCACUUUAGGUGGCCGUGUUUUUGGCUUUGAUUGUUAGUAACCAGGAUCUAAGGGCAGAGGUCAGCAAUAUAAGUGCACAAAAUUGUGCAUUGCUACUAUCAAUUCUUUCUGCAAAAAUUUUUUAAAGAUAAAAUAAAACAAUUAAGUGGGGAGCUACACUGGUUUUAUCACCAAAAGCAUCAAUACUCUGCAACUUUAAAUACACUGAUUUUGGGAUUCAUUUCAAUUUAAUAAAUUGGCAUCUUUUGCGACUGUUUUUUGUCGACAAUUCUUUUUGGGAUUGUUUUUGAGUUAUUGUUCUGAACUGAUUAUAUAUAGUAUAUUUAUUUCCACAUCAGUUAACUCGUCAGCUCAGACCUUACAAAUUGAAAAGGCACACCAAUGCAUUUCCUUGAGAGUAAAUUCAUCGCCUUUUGGCUGUUAUUGGUUGUCAGCUAUAGUCCUGUCAAAUAUCAGCUUUCCAAUCAUGAGGCUGGGGCCUGGUCAAGCAACUCCUCUUAUUUUAAUGAGGACCCUGUUGGCAAGGAGGUGUAACAUUUAGUAUAUUUAUGAGGACAAUGUUUUCAGGACUUAAGAGAAAAUUAGCAAAUAUGAAGUCUUAUUUUUAAAUAGUGAAAGUUAUUUUCCCAAUUGGUGCAACGUGAGACCGUCAGGUACUCUAUUUGGCUUUAAAACAUAAUUUGAAUUCUUUAAUUUGAAUCUGAAAAGCCCCUUAUUGGUGACAUCACACAUCAUUAACAUAAAGAUCCGAUUCGGCUGGCUUUCAUCAACAUAAUGGCAGGGAGAUGUGCUUCCAGGAGGACAUGGCUCACUGAUCAGGAAGGGGGACUAAUCAUGCCUUUUUAAAAGCUUCUGUCUUACUUGGAAUGAAGCAAGAAUCAACCUUUAUGGAAGAUGAUCGCACUGAUCAGCGAACCUGCCUUAUUUGUGGAGACACAGCUACGGGUUUGCACUAUGGUAUCAUUUCGUGUGAGGGAUGCAAAGGCUUUUUCAAACGUAGUAUUUGCAACAAGCGGGUUUACAGAUGCAGCCGAGACAAAAAUUGUGUCAUGUCACGCAAGCAACGAAACAGAUGCCAGUACUGCCGACUACUUAAGUGUCUCCAAAUGGGCAUGAACCGAAAAGCAAUCAGGGAGGAUGGAAUGCCGGGAGGUAGAAACAAAAGUAUUGGUCCUGUUCAGAUAUCUGAAGAAGAGAUUGAAAGAAUUAUGUCGGGACAAGAAUUUAAGGAGGAGGCUAACAAUUCGUGGAGUAACAAUGGAGACAGUGAUCACAGCUCCCCUGGCAACGGUAUAUCUGAGGGGAACCAACCAUCACCUGUUUCUACUCCUUCCUCAAGCAGAUCAAUGGAACUGAAUGGGUACACUGCACUCAGGGAUCAAUUCAUAGGGACACCAGUCUCCGCGCACUAUCAGUACCUGCCGCACCUUUUUAGUUAUGCUGCUCAUUCGGGUCUGUUGCCACCUCAACCCCGCAACUUAGAUCCUCAGUCACAUACUCUGGUAAGCCAGUUGGUUGGAGCAGAAGACCUUGAACCUCUUGCAACACCAAUGCUGAUUGAAGACGGGUAUAAAGUAACUCAGGCAGAGCUAUUUGCUCUGCUUUGCCGCUUGGCCGAUGAGUUGCUUUUCAGGCAAAUUGGCUGGAUCAAAAAGUUGCCAUUUUUCUGUGAAUUAUCAAUCAAAGAUUACACCUGCUUGCUAAGUUCCACCUGGCAGGAGCUCAUCCUCCUUUCUUCCCUCACUGUCUAUGACCGACAAAUUUUUGGAGAUCUUGCUGAUGUCACUUCAAAGUAUGCGCCAUCUGAUGAAGAACUCCAAAGAUUCAGUGAGGAGGGAAUGGAAGUUAUGGAACGACUAAUCUACCUCUUUAGAAAAUUUCAACAGCUGAAGGUUAGCAAUGAGGAAUAUGUUUGCAUGAAAGCCAUCAACUUUCUCAAUCAAGAUAUUGGGGGCCUGACCAAUGUGUCUCAGUUGGAGCAGUUGAACAAGCGUUACUGGUAUGUGUGCCAGGAUUACACUGAGUUCAAGUACCCGCACCAGACCAAUCGUUUCCCUGAACUCAUGAUGUGUCUGCCAGAAAUACGCUACAUUGCAGGUAAACUGGUCAAUAUUCCUUUGGAACAGCUGCCUCUGCUUUUCAAAGCAGUCCUGCACUCAUGUAAAGCCAACACAAGUAAAGAAUGAGCCAUCAGCCUGUGGCCCUUGAAUUUUCCAUGCCUUACUGCCUCAGGUGAAGAAGGAAUACAGAUGGGGAAUAAAGUUGAUCAAGGUUUGGAGAACAGGGAAAAUGCUCAGAUUGAGAGUGAAACCCUGUAACUCUGACAACAGCUAUAUUUUACUUUAUCUAUUUAUUUCAUGACAGAGUUGAAUGUAUGAUCUUCAACGCAGUGCACAUGCUUCUGUACAAUGCAGUUAAUGCAUUUCCUUGCAGUUUACGGUAUGUAGGGUGUUAUUGUUACAGUAUUGCCAUUUUAGGUCUAGUUGAAUAUUUUAUAUUUUGGGGGGAGGGGGCUGAGAAAAGUUUUGUUUAUUAAGACUACCUCAAUAAUGAGAUGACUAUUUGCGUCUCUCUCCAUUUCAAAUGCCUUAAGGCUAUCACUAAAGUGGUCCAUUCUGGCAAGCUGCUGCCUUGUUACAACAAAUCGGUACUAACUGCAGUCAGAUCGAUUGUAAAAUGUAUUUGCCUCUAUUUCCAGGCUUUGCAAGAGGGUUUAUUGUUAAAUUUUGAUAUGUGUUGUGUGAGCAUCAUUUUUGUAUACAAAUUCAGUUGGGAUCCUGCAGAAGGAUGGUGCAAUAAAGUGCAUCCAGGUGCUGCAACCAGGUUAUUUACAAGCAGUGUUUUUGUUUUCUCUGAGGCAGUUACAGUUGACCUCUAAUUGGAAAAUAUAAUUAAUUUCCUCUUAAGGCUCAUACUUUAUUAAUAUUCCAUUUGAUACUGAUGCAGAUGCUUAGAAAAAGUUUUGCCAUCUUGGAAUAUUUACUGUAAACCAAAAAACCCUGCUCCACAAUACAGGAAUAUUGACGGUGUUAUAUUAUUAACACUGGCCCAGAGCAGACAGGAUUGUCAUGGUCAAAGAUCAAUGGGAGGUCCACCCAUAUGCUUCUAAAAUAAAAACCAAAGAUUUCGUAAACAGGCAAUGGUAAAUAUAUUUUAGGUUUAUUGUGCAUUGUUUCUUUAAAAUUUCAAGCAGUUGUAAAUUAUUUGUAAGUCCUUGCCUAGGGAUAACAUUAUACGGAGCUAAAAUAAGUUAUAAAGUUUUAUUCUCAUUUGACUUUUGGAAACGUGAAGUACAAGGCAGCAUUGCUUUCCAAGGCACGUGCACCUAGAUUUCUUCCCCGUCAACACCAUUUUUUUGUGAGGAUAUUAUCUUUAUUUGACCUACCUUGCCCAUGAGAAAGUAAAGUUGUGUUUUAGACAUGGUAGCAUAGACUAAAUUAAAUUGAUCACAAAAGGGAUCCAAGUGAGAUGGGACUGUUUAUGGGGAAAGAUUGUUUGGCAAGCCUUUUUAUCAUUCUCAAGUCAUUAUCAUGAAGAUUCCUUUGUAAUCUGGUUAACUAGAGUGUUCACCUGUUAGAUGUUUAAUAUGGAUGUAGGCAGAGGGAAGAAAUGGAUUUGUCUAGGAAUACUUGCACAAUUAUGAAAUUCAGAACUACAGUCUCUUUCCUGUAAAUGAUCAAGAUAUUGUACACUAUUUUGUAUACUAUCAUUAUUUUAUGUCAAAGACUCAGCAUAUGUCACUGAAUUAAUUGAAACUCAGUAACAUGGCCAAUUCCUCUCACAGUAUCCAAAUCCACUCAUUGGUCCUUUAAGCUACAUGCCUUGCUGAAAACUUUGAUCAUUACUGAAGUCAAACCUAUUCUUUGAACCUCACCUUUCAGGCAACAAUGAUGCUCUAUCCUGAACCUUCUUCGUUUUACAGUUCUACCUUCUAAGUCUACUCGUGGCUUGGUGGGAGAGUUAUUUCAAUAUUGUUAAGUCAUUGUUCCCUGUGAUCUCAAAGGUUGCCAAGAACCUCUGAAAUUUAACUUUAGUUCCACAAAAUGGUCAUACUUCGUGAGGGAUUAACCUAAUAUAAACUUCUGUGAGUAAUGCUGGGCAAUGAAUUGAUUUACAUUAAUAUUAAACAAAAUAAAAAUCUUAGUGCAUUUACUUGCGGUAGAUGGGAAUUUUGUACGGUGAUAUUCAUGGUUGCAGUUAACUUAUUAAAGUUGUUUCCCAUCGGUGGCCUGCUAACAUAAUUCCAAAAUGUACAUGCUUACAGUAUACACUCCUCAUGUGAAAUAGAUUCUAUACGACCUAUUUUACCUCAGAUGGUCACGGAGGAUUUGUAGGUGCCUUUUUACCUCAAUUUUUAUUUCCCCACUAGUUAAAACGAAACAAGAAAACCUUUUUGUAUGAGGUAUUCUUUCAGCUCCCUAUCCUACUUUGUGAUCACAUUUAUUCAAUCAUUCCUGCAAACAGACUCCAGAUAUGCUCAGUUUAAGGCAAGAGAUUUAUGCCAUUUAUCAAAAUUCUGGACUCUAUUCUGAUAGAAAAUAAUGAAUUGAAUAAGCUAUUGACAUUUUUUUAUAAAAAGCCUCACCUGUAUAAUCAUUGAGUAAAAAUUGGUCAAAACUGUUCAUAAAUUGGCAUGGAAAUGAUUAGGGACAACAAAAAAGUUCACAAAAUGCUCCAAGAAUAGCUAUAAUGCUUUGAGCUUAAUCUGCUUGAAAAUUGACAUACCUGAACUCUUAAAUGCAGGCGUCUUCAUCUUGAUCGUCGUCACAAGUCUUUUAUGGCUUGUUUUAAAACAGGGUAAAGUGAAUGUGUUGUGUUGCAUACGAAAAUUACUCAGGUAUUAUGAUGAAAGUAGAUGAACUAGUUUUAGAAUUAGAUUUUUUUAACCACAAGUAUCAUUCUCUUUUAAAUUGCAAUUGAGGGGAAGGCUGGAUUUUUUAAAUCAGGGAAUUGAAAUUAUUUUUUCGAAAAAACAUGGAUGAUCUGAAACCAGUUUGUCUCUGCACAAUUAAAAAAAAAAAAAGCAAGCUGAAUGUUAAUAGUUUUUUUUAAAUAAAUUUCCCAACAAUGUGGGCAACAUUUGCCAAGUAAGGGUUCAGAAUUAUUAGAUGGUACUUUCCACUCAACACAAUAAUGGGUUUUGAUCUUAAUCACUUUUGUUAGAUUUCCAAUUUCUACCUAAAACUAUUUGCAAGAUGAUUGUAAAAUUUGAUGUGGGUUCCAAGUAAGGCAUCUUCCACAAUUGGAGGUAGGGAUAGUAAAUCAGUUACAAUUCAAAUCAUGAAUCCUGCUUAAUCUCAAUGCUUUCAGCGCUGAUCAUGUAACUGUUCUUUGGCAUUUUGUUCUUCCUUCCCAAUCACAAUGGAAUCAGCUUGUGGAGGCAAAAAACAAUUUGUGUACCCAUUUCUAGUUGUUAAUUAUCAAACACUUGAUCAUUCUAAGAAUUACUUGGUAAAUGUUUAAUACACAUGUUUGAAAACAACCAGCCAGUAAAUGUGAAUUGAUUGAAAUGCAACCAAAACACAGUAUAUGGAACUAAAAGGACUUUGUAUCACUGUGGAAACGCUUCAGAAUGUACACAGCGAGGCAGCACAGUUAGUUUCCAGUUCCAUAUUUUCAUCAAUUCCUUCAAACAUGAUUGUCCAGACCUUCAAAGCAAAAGCCCUCCUUAAACUUGAAAUCUAUUUCUACCUUUUUGUUUUAAUUAUCUUUUACAAGUUUUUUUUGUGAAUGUGGCUGAAAGUAAACCACAAAUAUUAAUUAUAUACUUUUUUUAAUUGAGUUAAAAUUUCAAGUUUAGAUGUUUGUGAAAAUGUAUCUCUUUCUCAGGAUGAUAAGCGGCAAUCAGUCCUGCUGUGUAGCCAGGAGCA